AUGAAGGUGACCAGCGGUACGGACAUCCUCAUUUUGGUGACAUUCUUAGUGGUUCAACUCACUCUUGCCGUUGAAAACUCUGCGGUGGUAUCGGUGACCAGCGAAAACCUUGGAGAUAUUCUGGAAUCCAAUGAGUUGGUGUUGCUCAGUUUUUACACGAAUUGGUGUCGCUUUAGCCAAAUUUUUGCGCCCAUUUUCGAGGAGGCGGCGGCCAGAAUUCACCAGAAGUUUCCUGAGAACGGCAGUGUAGUCCUGGGAAAAAUAGACUGCGAUACUGAAGAAGAAUUGGCCGACAAGUUUGACAUACUCAAAUAUCCCACGUUAAAGAUAGUGAGAAACGGAUUGAUAAGCAAUCUGGAAUACCGUGGCCAGAGAUCUGUGGAAGCCUUCGUCAAGUUUGUGGAGCAGGAGCUAUCGGACCCUAUCAAGGAGUUCCACACCAUCGAUGAGCUUAAAAACGCCGAGGUGGGCGAUGGCAUGGUAAUUGGCUACUUUGUUUCCAAGGAUCAUGUCGAAUAUGAUAGCUAUCGCAAGGUAGCGAGUGUAAUGCGCAAUGAUUGCAGGUUCAUGGCUGGCUUCGGGGAGUUGACUAAAAAUCUCCGACCUCCCGAGAAGAACGUACUGAUCUUCCGCGGAGACCCUUCCGACGCAAACCACAAAGAGUACUACAGUGAGUACUCGGGCAACAUAACCAGCUCAAGAGACCUAUCCGGGUGGAUCCACAAGAAGUGUGUGCCGCUGGUGCGGAAGAUCAACUUCGCCAAUGCCGAGGAGCUCUCAGAGGAGGGAUUGCCCUUCGUGUUGCUCUUCUACAACAAACACGAUAUGGGUCCCGUCCAGGAGUUCAAGGCCGCCAUUCAGAGGCAGCUGGCGGAUGAGGAAAGGGUUAAUUUCCUGAUUGCCGAUGGAGAACUCUUCAAGCACCCACUCCACCACAUGGGCAAGUCCGUGGCCGAUCUGCCAGUGGUCGCCAUCGACUCGUUCGUACACAUGUACCUAUUUCCGCGAUUCGAGGACAUUCACCAGCCCGGUGUCCUCAAAAAGUUUAUCGAUGACCUGUUUAGCGGCGUGCUGCACUAUAAUUUCCACUUGGCCCUCGAAGCCUACGAGAAAUCAGAGUCUACGAUCGAUCCCGCUGAGUUCCCGCCGGUUGCCCACGAGUCUAAGUUUAAGGAGCUGGGACCCUCCAAGCACCGCUACACAUUGAUUAACCGAUCCAGAGACGAGUUGUAAUGUAAUUAAACACUUUUUAUAUGCGUUGAUUUAAGCUCCAAACUGUUUUUCAAAUUAAACAAUCAUAUUUUGGUUUUUUAAAAACUCCCUAAGAUAAAUUAGGCUGUUUUCCUUAUAAAAGACGUAGAGUCACCUUGGGAAUACAUAACAUAAUGGUAAAGUGCCAAAUGCGUUCCUAGACCAUUUUGCUACAUAUUUUCACAAGCCCAUUGCCGUCUAGUCCCGCAUUGAAUGCCCAAUUCCGGACGCUGUGACAAAUCGAACACCCAUCAGAUAUGGACAUC